UCUCUCUCUCUUUCUCUCUCUCUAUAUAUAUAUAUAAUCAUCAAGAGGUGAAAAUAAAAAUAAACCAAACACUGCCAACCUCAGAAGAGAAGACAUGGGUAGAGCUCCUUGCUGUGACAAAGCCAAUGUCAAGAAAGGGCCAUGGUCACCAGAUGAAGAGGCCAAGCUCAAGGCUUACAUCGAAGAGCAUGGCACAAGCGGCAACUGGAUAGCCUUACCCCAGAAGAUAGGCCUUAAGAGAUGUGGCAAAAGUUGCCGGCUUAGAUGGUUGAACUAUCUCAGGCCAAACAUCAAGCAUGGAGAGUUUUCAGAGGAAGAAGAUAACAUCAUCUGCAACCUCUAUUUAAGUUUUGGAAGCAGGUGGUCUAUUAUUGCGGCACAACUGCCAGGGCGAACUGACAAUGAUAUUAAGAAUUACUGGAACACGAGAUUAAAGAGAAAGCUCAUGGGCAGACAACGCAAGAAACAACAGGCUCCGAGAAUGAGCAGCCUUAAACAAGAGAUGAGGAGAGAAAGUAGAAGUUUUAUAGUUUCUGAGGCCAUGAACCCGAUUCUGUAUUGGCCACCUAAACUACCUGCACCCAUGGAAGCUGCGAAUCCGAGCCAAGAGGAUCAUCAUCUCAAGGAUCAACCAUCUGUAAGGAAACUGCCGGUUAGACUAGGAGGAAUAUUUCUUGAUGAUCAUCAACAGCCAAACAACAAUAGCACAAAUCUUCAACAUCCUUUUGAUAAUUCCAUCGAUACGUUUGCCUGUUCAACCUCCAUGAAUUUGAUGAAUAGCACUUAUUCCCAACUGCCAAACACCCAAGACAUGUUUCAAGGAUUCAACAACUACCCAAUUGAGCUAGGAAAAAUGUUCUAUGAUAUCCCUCAACAAGUAGAUGGAUUGGAGGGCUUUUAUGGGUUGGACAUGGUGAAUUGUAACAGCAGAACUAGUUCUGUAGAAAGUGCUAGUUUGGGGUAUAUGAAUAUUAAUUCUCUGUCUCUGGUCUAUCCUCUAAUGGUCUUCAAUCAUGAAGACAUUUGAAGAGUAGAGGUACUACGGGGAUUCACAAUAGCAGCCCUUUAUGUUGGUGUACAUUGUUAACAGUAGGAAAUUCUGUGUUAAGUGACUUAUUUCAGGCUAUCUCAGCAGAUACCCUAUUGAACAAACUUAGUGAUUUGUUUGUUUUGCACUAUCA